AUGCCGGUCACGCAGGCGCCGGGGCGGAGCAUGGGGCCAGUGAGCGUGGCGCGGCGCGAGCUGAGCAGCCGCGCGUGGUCGCUUUCAUCGCCUGCCAGCCCGCAGCCGCGCUACGGGAGCAUCGUCACCGUGCUCAGCAUCGACGGCGGCGGCGUCCGUGGGAUCAUCCCCGGCACCAUCCUCGCUUUCCUCGAAGAAAAGCUCCAGGAGCUUGAUGGGCCGGACGUGAGGAUCGCGGAUUACUUCGACGUGGUCUCCGGGACGAGCACCGGUGGCCUGGUGGCGGCCAUGCUCACCGCGCCCAACGCCGAGGGCCGCCCACUCUUCGCUGCCAAGGACAUCAACAAGUUUUACCUCGAGCACUGCCCGAAUAUCUUCCCUGCCGUCUGCAAAGGACCUCUGGGCUGGCUCAAGAGCAUGAUGGGGCCCAAGUACAGCGGCCACCACCUGCACAAGGUCGUGAAGGAGCUGCUCGGAGACACACGCGUCAAUGAGACGCUCAAGAACAUCGUCAUCCCCACUUUUGACAUCAAGCUCCUCCAGCCUACCAUCUUCUCAACCUACGACGCCAUGAGGGAUGUCUCCAAGAAUGCUCUUCUGUCGGAUGUCUGCAUUAGCACGUCGGCCGCGCCGACCUACCUCCCCGGCCACCAUUUCGAGACCAAGGACAAAGACGGCAAGACCCGGGCUUUCAACCUAAUCGACGGAGGCGUCGUCGCUAACAAUCCGACGUUGUUGGCGAUGACCCACGUUAGCAAGCAGAUCCUGAUGGGAAACCAGGACUUCUUGCCCAUCAAGCAUGCGGGUUACGGCAAGUUCAUGAUCCUUUCAUUGGGCACCGGCACAGCCAAGAUCGAAAAGAAGUUUGAUGCGGCUGAGUGCGGCAAGUGGGGCCUUCUCGGGUGGCUCUACAAGAGGGGUGCCACGCCGAUCAUUGAUAGCUUCAGCGAAGCUAGUACCGACCUCGUCGACAUUCAAGCAUCCGUGCUCUUUCAGGUCCUGGACUGCAACAAGAGCUAUCUCCGGAUCCAGCACGACGAGCUCACUGGCGAAAUGGCCUCCGUCGAUGUGUCCACAUCAAAGAACCUCAACGGGCUCAUUAGUGUCGGCAAAGCGUUGCUGAAGAGACAGGUGUGCAAGGUGAACGUCGAGACAGGCAAGAACGAGCCCGAUCUAGAGAGGGGCACGAACGAGGAGGAACUGGCCCGUUUUGCCUGCAUGCUGUCGAAAGAGCGCAAAGCUCGGAAAGAGGCCUACAAACUUGUGUAG